CUACAACCUAAAAAUUCUUCAAUUUUCAUCAACCAAAAAAAAAAGAAGUUUUCCCUCCAACACAAAAACAUAACUCAUCAAAAGCCUAAUUUUCAGUCUUUUUCCCAGUUCUCCUCCAAUUCGUCUGCUUCUUCCUUGCUUAAACCCCCAUCAAAAGUUGAAACCCUAGGUUUUUUCCAUCAUCAAUCCCUAAACUGAUUUCUUCAUCCAUCCACGACAUUUAUGAUAACAAUUUUAUCUUAUGAAUUGGAGAUUUUUGCAUAAUACUUUUGCACACUGAAAUCUCUCACCGUUUAAUUUCUUUUAGCUUAAAUUUUGUCGCAAUUUUGAAUUUUCCCCAAAUUGCUGUAGUUAGGGUUUCCAUUGGCGUCUUAAUUUCGCCGUCAAUGCUGAGGUUUCAUUGUAAUAGUUGGAGUAAUCAUAAUUGCAAUUUCAGUAAACGGUUUGUCGAGAUUUUUCUUCUGUUUCUCAUGCUUAUGAUAAGCUAACACAAUUAGGGUUUUUCUCUCUCCUGUUAAUUAGUACUAGUCAUUACUCCCUGAGAAACUCUGUUCUUACUUCAAUUGGUGCUUUGUGAGUUAGUUGGAUCGAAAAUGUCGGAUGAUAUGUUAAUCCAUUUCUCUUCAAACUCAUCAAAUCAGUCUGAUCAAUCCUUGACCAAGAUUGCUAAGCUUGAAGCUCGUUUAGUGGGCAAGGGUUCGGCUUCUGGUUCGGGUCCCAGCUCGAUGCCGUUACCUGCACAAACUGCUUGGCCUUCUGCCGGGUCGUCGAAGUUUGGGGUUGUUGAUGAUGUGGGAGAGGCAUCAACUUCUAGUGACUCUGAUGAUGAUAGUGGUGGGAAUUUUCUCAUACAGGCAAACAUUCGGAAGCGCCAAAAACUUCAGGAAGACAAUAGAUCUAUUUCAAAUCAUGCUGAGGUUGUUGGUGAUGAAAAGCCAAAGACCGUGGAAGAAACACCCUCCAAAAUUGGUGUUGAUACAAACAAGAAAAAACAAGGACGUGGUAGGUCACAGGGAUCAACUGGCCGUGGCCGUGGUUCAAGUAAAACCCAGACAUCUCCUUUAACUGUUUCAUCUGCAAAUGGUCAUCUGGACAACUCAAACUGCAAGGACAUGAGAAGUAAAGAGUUGUUUGCGAAUGGUGAUCGCCCUCACUCAGAGGAUGAGGUUGCUUCCUUGCGAAGUAAAGUUUCCUCUUUGGAAGAAGAGCUUCGCAAAUCACGCGAAGAGGUUUCUGAUUAUCAGAAUCAUUGCCACCAAUUAGGAAAGGAGCUCAAGGAACACAAAGACACCGAAGAAUCAAUGAAGCCAAAGCGAACAAAAAUCAUAUCUGAUUUGCUGAUAUCAGUUUCAAAAGCUGAGAGACAAGAAGCAAGAAUGAAAGUGCGCCAGGAUUCGUUGAGACUCGGCAAUGUUGGAGUAAUAAGGGCAGGAACUGUCAUAUCUGAGACAUGGGAGGAUGGGCAAGCACUGAAGGACAUCAAUGCUCACCUUAAACAAUUAUUGGAGGCAAAGGAAAUGGUUGAGAGGCAACGGAAGUUAUUAAGAAAGCGACAACCUGAUAAGAGUGAUGGAGGUGACAUGGAGUCUGGUGUCCAAGAAGAAGACUUUUUUAUUCAGGAUGAAAUCUAUAAAUCCCGCUUAGCAAGUGUCAAGCGGGAGGAAGAAGUGUUAUUGCGAGAGAGGGACCGUUAUGAAUUGGAUAAGGGUAGACUUAUACGUGAGAUGAAGCGCAUACGAGAUGAGGAUGGCUCCCGUUUUAAUAAUUUCCCAAUCCUUAAUCGUCGAUAUGCCCUUUUGAAUCUUCUAGGGAAAGGCGGAUUCAGUGAGGUUUACAAGGCUUUUGAUUUAGUGGACCAUCGGUAUGUUGCUUGUAAGCUUCAUGGUCUAAAUCCCCAAUGGAGUGAAGAAAAGAAGCAAAGCUACAUCAGGCAUGCUAUUCGAGAAUAUAAUAUUCACAAGACUUUGGUGCAUAAUAACAUUGUUCGUCUUUGGGAUACUUUUGAGAUUGAUCAAAAUACAUUCUGCACUGUCCUGGAGUUUUGCAGUGGCAAAGAUCUUGAUGCAGUUCUGAAGGCAACACCAGUAUUACCAGAAAAGGAAGCAAGAAUAAUCCUUGUGCAGAUAUUCCAAGGCCUUGUUUACUUGAAUAAGCGAGCACAAAAGAUUAUUCAUUAUGAUUUGAAGCCUGGCAAUGUUCUUUUUGAUGAGCUUGGAGUUGCUAAACUGACAGACUUUGGUCUGAGUAAAAUAGUCGAGGACAAUGUGGGAUCUCAGGGUAUGGAGCUUACUUCCCAAGGAGCGGGUACUUACUGGUAUCUUCCUCCUGAAUGCUUUGAGCUCAACAAAAUUCCACUAAUAUCUUCAAAGGUCGAUGUCUGGUCAGCAGGCGUUCUAUUUUACCAAAUGCUCUUUGGAAGACGUCCUUUUGGCCAUGAUCAAACUCAGGAACGAAUUUUACGGGAAGAUACCAUUAUCAAAGCAAGAAAGGUGGACUUCCCUUCUAGACCUAGUGUCUCAAGUGAGGCAAAAGAAUUGAUGCGUCGUUGCUUAACCUACAAUCAAGCAGAGAGGCCUGAUGUUUUAAGUGUCGCUCUGGAUCCAUAUUUGACAUAUUCGAAGAAAUAAUUGGCAUAGUCGAGACAUUUUUGGAGCUUGGAGACAGUAUUUCCCUCUUCCCUUUCAGAUUGAAUGCCAUAAUUUGGCCAUCUGAGCUGCUGAAGGGGCUUCUGUAUAGGUUGUAAAGCUUUUGUGACCUGUAUAUAUAUCUGUAUGAUUUCUCCCAUCCACUCGUUUGUUUCCCUCUUAAUCUCAGUGAGCUCCAUUCUUGUAUUUGGCGUCAGUUUAUUUGUUUCUGCUCGUGGGGAAAUCAAAAGAAAGUCAUCUACUAAGAGAUCUGAAGUUUCUGCGCAAAUACUUUUCUAAAUGUGACUAUACUGUUUGUUUCUUCUGAAGAAACCUAUGCAAUAAAAGAUAUUCUAGUCUUUUUUUGAAAUUUUGACUUUCCCCAACUCUGUAUUUUAUGCGGGGUUUCAGAGUAUUACAGGGAUAUUAUACAAAGAAAUUUCUGAAAAUUAUUUUUGGAACAUUUCAUACUCCAUAAGUCCAAGUUUUACUCGUCUUAAAUAUAACUCGAUUUUUUAUUAUUCAGUCAUCUCUUCAA